AUGUCUGAUCCUGACACCCUAACGAACGGCGCGACGCCGCCGCCGCCGCCGAGCGAGAGGAACACCGCCGCUGUCGAGAACGGCGCCAAAUCCGGCGGCUUCAUCCCACUAGUCUCGGUCGUCGACUUCCACCAUGCUCGCGGGCCCGAGGUGGAGAAGUGGUUUGGCGUAGACGAGGGCUCUGACCCGGCCGCCGAGUACGACUGGGCCUUGUUGCCGUUCAUGGCGCUGAGUGAUGGUGCCCAUGCGGCGACAGAAGACUUCUCUUACUUCACCCUCCUGCGUCCUGCGACGAGCGAUGCGCCCGCGACAUCGCUCUUCGGGAUAUCGUGCACGAGACAGAUGGACGCUUCGCAGCUGCUCGUGAGGCCCGCCGAGGUAACCCGGUCGACUGUCCAAAAGGCCGUGGUCAUCAUUGCCGACAGCCCGCAGUACUUUGGCGUGCUUAGGGAGCGCCUAAGUGUUGUGACCAGGGCCUGGUUUGCCCAGCGCGAGUUCACCGACACGGAGAUCCUGCGGCGCUUCCAAGAGAGUCUGGCAGACGAGAAAGAGCGCGGCUUGCUGAACGACGACGAAGACAGAGACCGGUACCUGGGCAUGAGCCUCAGGGAGCUCGUGCGCGAGUUCAAAUGGCAGACGCUCGUCCUGCUCAAAUCCUGCUUGUUACAACCCAAGCAGAUGCUUUUCUUUGGCUCGCGGUGCGAGCGCCUGUGCAUGAUGCAGUUUUCUCUAAUAUCUUUAAUACCCGGUCUCCUUCGGAACCUCCAAGACUCUGCCGGCCCAGAACUAAGCAAUUACGAAAAGAAACUCGCCAAGCCGACAAGCUUGAGAACCAGCGAUCGGAAUUCCCUGCUGUCUUACAUGGGCUUGCCACUGCAGAUAUUCGGAAAGGGAAGUUUGUUUGGUCCAUAUACACCGCUUCAGCAAUUAGAUGUACUGGCAGACUUUGGCACCAAGUCGUAUAUCGUAGGCAGCACGAACUCGCUUCUGCUGCAGCAAAAGGACCGGUACAGCGAUAUCCUAAUUAACCUCGACGAAGACUCCAUCAACAUCACAUCGACAUCACUCAAGGCUGCCCUGCAGCUGUCUGUCUCGGACCGUCGUUGGAUAGACUUUAUCACGCAAAACGUCAACGAGACCUGGGAUGAGGCAAACCCUGGCCGGACAAAGACCAUGGGCUACGUCGGCAGCGAAGAGUUUAUCCGCCUUCAGUUUGAGGAGUAUCUCCUCUCGCUCAUCUCGUCGGUGAAGUACCAUAACUUCAUGCUCAAGCACGCCAAUAAUCCCAAGAUGCUGCUGCCACACAUUGAAGGUGACCCGUCUCUCGAUUUCUCUCCAGAGUUUGUCGAGGCGUGGUCGCGGACUGAGAACUACCGCAUCUGGGACAGCCACACAGACUCUCACCUCUUCGAUAUUGUAGACCCAAAACACCCUUGCGCCGGCGGUCUAACCAUUGACGAUGUCCAGCGCCGUAUCGCCCAGCAGGUCCAAGACCUGCACCUCGACGAGCGCUUCGCCCAGGGCCGCGAAGUUCUUGGGCGCAAUCUGGCUGCAGGCCGCGAAAAGGCCAGCACAAUGUUUAACAAGCUCUAUGCCGACAUGGAAGCGCUCCGCGAGGCACAGAGGAAGCGCGCCGAAGAGGCUAGGCUGCAAGCCGACUCAGGUGGGCAGGCCGACAAGAACGGAGGAGUAGCCGCUGCCGUCGACCUUGCCAAAGCCCAACAGACGAUGCAGGCCGUCGGGGUAAAAGCCGGCGCAUUUGUGAAUAGCUGGGCCGCCUGGGCCGGGGAGAAGCGCAAGGCGGCCGGCUGGGGCCGGUCUUCGGGCAACAGUGACAACCACGUUGCAUCCGGGGCCGGGGCCGCAGCCGCCGCCGGAAGUGGGGGAGGCGGAAGCGGGGGGAGCUGGGCGUCUGGAUGGGUCAAGGGAAGCAAGAACCGUGCAUCACAGGCAUCCCAGGCGAGCGGAUCUGACGCGCUCUUGGAAAAGGACGUGGCGGCGGGUAGCAAUCGUCUCCCGCACAUAUCAACAUCCUCCACCGUAACGAGGCGAUCGGACGACACGGGUAGGUCCGAAGAGCGGGCGCUGAACCGAGGCUCCAUCAGCGGCGAAUCCAUCCUCGACGACGUAUCCGAGAGCGGCUUGUCAUCGUACCCUGCGUCGCCGCAAACAAGGCGACCGCCCUCGGGAGGCGCCAGCGCUCCUGCCAUUGACAGCAUAUUAUCUGCGAGAGGGGACAAGAGGGGGUCGCAAAACGGAACAGCACCUCCGGUCACCGUAUUUUCCUCCCCACCAGGAGCGAAGAGCAGCAGUAACAGCGAUAAUGCCGUAGCAUCGAGCCGGGCCCCACACGAGAGGGGCGCGAAAGGCGCGGAGGCGGAGGCGGAGGCGGACGAGACGGAGAUGGAGCCGUUACCACCGACUCCAUCACCUGCAGCAGCGGCUGCGGCCGAGGCGGCCGAGGUGCAGACCAUGUGA